AUGGUGGAGCGGGGAGACGCGGCGCCGCUGCUGCGCUGGGCCGAGGGCCCCGCCGUGUCCCCGCCGCAGGCCCCGGAGCUGCAGGCUGGAGGCCGGGGCUGGGGCAGCGGCGGGGGCGGCCGGCCCGCGGCGGAGCCGCCCAGGAGGCGGGAGCCCGAGGAGCUGGGCGCCUCCGAGGUGCUGCUGCAGCCCGGGCGCCUGGAGCUCGGCGACGUGGAGGAGGACCAGGUGGUGGCCGUGUUCGUGGUCACCUUCGAUCCCCGCUCGGGAAACAUGGUGGAAUGGUGCUUACCUCAAGAUAUUGACCUUGAAGGUGUUGAGUUCAAGUCUAUGGCCAGUGGGUCCCAUAAAAUUCAGUCUGACUUCAUCUAUUUCCGAAAGGGGCCCUUCUUCGGCCUGGCCUGCUUCGCCAACAUGCCUGUGGAGAGUGAGCUGGAGCGCGGCGCCCGGAUGAAGUCCGUGGGCAUCCUGUCUCCGUCCUACACCCUGCUUUACCGGUACAUGCACUUCCUGGAGAACCAGGUUCGACACCAGCUGGAGACGCCGGGUCAUUACUCCCAUCUGGCUGCGUUCUACGAGGACAAGAAAGGGGUGCUCCACGCCGGGCCGGGGAGAGGCGGCAGCCUGCCCCCAGUCUACUGGCUGCCUUCCAUCCACCGAUACAUGUACCCCGAGAUGAAGAUCACGCACCCAGCUGGCUGCAUGUCUCAGUUUAUCAAGUUCUUUGGAGAACAGAUCCUCAUCCUUUGGAAAUUCGCCUUACUUCGAAAACGCAUUUUGAUAUUUUCUCCCCCUCCUGUGGGUGUCGUGUGCUACAGAGUGUACUGCUGCUGCUGUCUGGCCAACGUCUCCCUGCCUGGCAUCGGGGGCACCAUUCCCGAGUCCAAGCCUUUCUUCUAUGUGAACGUGGCUGACAUCGAGAGCCUGGAGGUAGAGGUGUCCUAUGUGGCCUGCACCACGGAGAAGAUUUUCGAGGAGAAGCGGGAGCUGUACGACGUCUACGUGGACAACCAGAACGUGAAGACGCACCACGACCACCUGCAGCCCUUGCUGAAGAUCAACAGCGCCGACCGCGAGAAGUACCGGCGGCUCAACGAGCAGAGGCAGAUGCUGCUGUACUCCCAGGAGGUGGAGGAAGACUAUAACCCUUGUGAGGAGGACCUCUUUGUGCUGUUUUUCUUAGAGCAAAACAACCGGAUAUUUCAGACUUUGCUGGAGGUGUCCGCCAGUCAAGAUAAAACUCUGACCGCUGAGCAUGCCCGCGGCAUGGGUCUAGACCCCCAGGGAGACCGGAGCUUUCUGAUGGACCUGCUGGAGGCCUACGGCAUUGACGUCAUGUUGGUCAUCGACAACCCCUGUUGCCCAUAGGAAGAGUGAGCCAAGGCUGGUGAGCCUCCCUCAUGUGGGGAUUUCACAACGGGCCCCAGAAGACCUCAUUUUUUAUUAAGUUGACACAAAGGAUUAUGGUUUCUACUUUCCAACAAAUGUGAUUUUUGCAGUCUCCUUUCUUCGCUUCCUCCCUAGUGGUAAGACGAGACCAUCUUGGUUUUAUGUCCUGCUUUGGUAAGAUGCCGGGAUCCACCACUUUCUCCCAGAGCAGAGUCUCUCAUCUCCUUGUUGAGUGACUUUGAGGGGAUGUGGUGAAGGCCGUCUGUCACCAGGAGUGGGCCGAGCUCUGGAAACACUGGGGGGAGGACUAUUCAGAAAGUCUCUGUGGUUUUCAUCCCUUGAGGUACUGGAGAAUGAGAGCGCUGUCCCCGGACAGCUGUGGACGUGCAUCUCCUGGAGGUGGAAGCUAGACCUCAUGACCCUUCACAGUUUUUCUCCAUUCCGGGAGUCCAGUGUUAGGAUCAAAUCCCUUUCCCUGUUCACUGGGGCAGAUCUGAGUCUUGUCUGUUCAUGUGAGUAGAGAUCUCAAAGAGGAACAAAAGGAUGUUUCUGUCAUUAAGGAGGAGCUUCUCUAAGGACAGAAUGACAGGAAGAGGUUUUCUACCAGCCAGCUGGAAAGUAAAGUUGUAGAAUGAAGCCUGAAGCUUUCCGCAGAGUAAAUUGGUGGUGGCCACUCCAUGCGGUACUCCUCCUUUCCCCGAGUCCCCCUCUAGGGACAUCCCUAAACUCCCCUCUAGGGAUGGCCCUGGAGCUUACAAGCAAAUUCAUUAUACAAUGUAGUUUCUCUGAAGGGCUAACUAUCCUUUUGGGGUAAUUUAGGUAUUUUUCAAGGGUACUGUUUGUUGCCAGGAAAGGCAGAGCAGUUGGGGUUCAAACAGGAUAGAGAAGACGUUUCUCCAUCUGAGAGUUCUCUGGACACAUCAUAGCAGAGCCUCUAGAUCAAAACAGAGAUUGACUGGAUUCUGUAAUCAAACAAGGAUCUGAGCUGGUCACUCCAACUUUGGAGCAAGACUUUGUACCAGUUUGGAGCCCCUCACAAAUUUCUCUUCCGUGGAGAUGACAUUCCUUGAGCUAAGUAUUUGGGGCCAGAGACUACACAUGUGUCAAGAAUGAAUUUGACAGUGCCUUCACCUGGGGAAGUGGUUGGAACCCCUGAGUGUCCGUGGUGAGUUCACCUGCAUUCCCCUGACAUGUUUUGGUCUGAAGUGACUCCCCUCAGUCCCUGCCUCUUCUCUACCCAGGGAUACCAGCUUCGAGGAGACAGUGGUUGUUUGAAGCCAGCUCUCAUGGGUAGAAUUUAGGUCUUUUUAGCCAUAGGAUUUUGACUUGGGCUUCUGGGUUGUUGGUGACAGUUUCUUCCCUUUCGCCCUUCUUGCCUGGCUGUGUCGUCGGCCUAGCCAUCCACGUGUCCACGUCUGUGACCGGGUUCAAGCCAGGCUAAUACACACAGCAGAGAAAGAACUUCCAAAUGGAUGGAUCACACGUCUCAUCUCAAGACUAGCUUUUUAGGGCUCAUUGCUUUAUUCAGAGACAUUUUCACUGUAGCUCCUUGAUACGGGACUCAAGACUAAAGAAAUUCACGUGUACAAAUGCAAAUAUGUACUGGUUAAUCAAAGUAGCAUCUUUUAUGUAAAUAUAUCAAUAAGUUUGGGCGUUGAAGUGUGAACUGUGCAGCUAACACUCUUCUCUCCUCUGCAGUGUGGGUUUAGCCAUCAUUUCAGUAACGUACAUGUUUACAAAAGCAGCUUUGCCACCUCUCUCCUUCAAGAGCAGCCUUCUCUUGUCUCUGGGAAGCAGCGGACUUUCUGACCUGCGUUGAGUAACGGUUACUUUUCGUGGUGUCUGAAUGCUCAAGGUUUUCAAAGUUAGGGGGUGGUGUGUCAGAAGCAGGGCUAGGGGUGACAGGAAAGGUCGGGUUCUCUCAGUGGACGUGGGCCCUCUUUCUAGGGACCUGAGGGCUUUGUUGGAAGCCGUCUUUGAGCAUGUCUGCGCCCAUGCCCUCCUGCAGGCAGACACCUGUGUUUCUGUGGCUUUGUGACUUGAUGCUCACCGGUGUUCAUGUAAAGGUCAUAAGGUGAAAAUGAGGUUCUGGUAUUUUCCUUUGAAUGCUGGGUGGGGCUCUGGGCUCCUUGCAGCUCCACACCCUUCCAGGUGGCUGUGGGGCCUCUCUGUGCGGUCCCCUCACACUCACGCAGGGGGCAGGGUGGGCGCCGAGGGGAGUGCACAAGCAAGCCUGGGCCUAGCUGACCCCGAAACAGAACUCCCCACCCACCCUGUAUCCCUUCUGGGAGGGAACGCAAGGAUCCGCCCUUCCCUUGCAGCUUGCUCCGGGCCGGAAGUCCGGCGCCGCACCCGGCUGGCCGAGCAGCGCGCCCGAGCAGCGCGCCGGUGGUCACUGUUCCCAUCCCCCGAGUGUCUCCUGCCUGGACUGUGAUAGGAGCCUCUUGUUUCUGAGGUCACCUUUUGGCAUUGUUCCUGACUCUGCUCCCUUCCCCCCGCCUUCUCCCCGCUUGUGCGGUUAGCAGCCCGCCCAGCGUCCUUUGCCGCCCACCGCUCUGCUAAGCGGGGAGCUGGGGGGGAGGUGCCCGGCGGGACCCCCUGUGGGGAAAGCAGGAGCUAGAAGCCACACGGACCCGCUUUUCUGCUUUUCUAAUGUUGUUGAACAGUUUCCUUAAAACCCUUCUGCUUUUGUUGGGAAGACAUGGUCAGCAGUCUUCUUUCCUGCCUCGUAGGUCCGUAAACUCUGGAGGGGCAGGGAUUCCUGAAACAGGGCUGGAAGCCUAGGGAGGAGGAGCUUGACUCGUGAUCGCCUUCUACUCUGCCAACGGUUGAACCCCAGCCCCCUCCCCCAC